AUGGACAAGACGGUGGUAGUGGCCGUGGAGUGGAGACAGGCCCACCCCCUCUACCGGAAGCAGGUUAAGAGGGUGACCAAGUUCCACGUCCACGACGAAGAGAACAAAUCCAAGAUAGGGGACUGGGUCAACAUAAUGGAGACGAGGCCGCUGUCCAAGACAAAGCGCUGGAGGGUCACCCAGGUGCUGUCCACCGGAGAGCCCGCUCCCACCGAAGAGGUGCUGGGCCUUUCCCCUGAGGAACUGGGACAGAUUGAUGACGAGGUUGAAGAGGCGACUGAGGACGGAGAGGAGCAAGAGUCAUGA